AUGUAUAUUUAUUUAAUCUGUUUUAAUUAUCAUUUUGUUUUUUUUUUCUUUUUUUUUAAGACUGCCGGCGAAUUAACUCCCGAAGAGAAAUGGAGGUUAGAACACAUACAAAUUCAUGAGCGACACAGAGGCCAUGAAUCGAUGCAUGCUGAAAUGGUAAUUAUUCUAAUUGUUACUCUGGUAGUUGCCCAAAUAGUUCUUGUUCAAUGGAAGCAAAGACACUAUCAAUCGUAUCAAUUAGUGACACUUAUCGGAAUGUGGAUUGUUCCAAUAAUAUUUUGUUUAAAAAAUCAAUCGUGGAGAUUUAUUUUUAUUUGGCUAGUAUUUUCAUGUAUUACUGGACUGAUAUUUAGAAAAAGUUUGGAAAAACCUAUCGAAGGAACAACUCCUAGGCUAGUUUACAAAUGGUUUUAUUUCCUCUACAAACUUAGUUAUGGACUUGGUAUUAUAGGAUACAUCAUAUUGAUGGCAACAUUUUUAGGUGUAAAUUUAAUUUUUGAUUCUAAACCUCAUUUGUGGAUGGAUUGUGGUUUACUUUUCUUGUUUUAUGGUCUCUAUUAUGGAGUUUUGGGUCGAGAUAUAGCUGAAAUAUGUGCCGAUAAAAUGGCUUCUCAUAUUGGGUAUUACAAUGCUAAAGGUAUGCCUACAAGAAGCUUGGACAGUAAUGUAUGUGCAGUUUGUGGGAAUAAGUUGCUUACUCCUUUAAACGAAGAUGGAGUAUUAGAAAGCACUUAUAAAUUGUCUUGUGGUCAUGUAUUUCACGAAUUUUGUAUUCGGGGUUGGUGCAUCGUUGGUAAAAAACAAACGUGCCCUUAUUGCAAAGAAAAAGUCGACUUGAAAAAAAUGUUUUGCAAUCCAUGGGAAAAACCCCACGUAUUAUAUGGUCAACUACUGGAUUGGAUACGAUGGCUGGUGGCUUGGCAACCCUGCAUUUUUUUCUUGGUUCAAGGAAUUAAUUGGGCUUUAGGAUUAGAAUAA